AUUUGUCAAACAGAGGAUGGCAUUUUACUUAGUGUUUUAUUAUAGUGCUUUAUAUGUUAUUUAAAGGAAUUUGAUUAAUAAAAAGUAUUUUGGAUUAUGAAUAACGCUAAUAGAAGAAAGGUUAUUCAGAAGUUUCGCAACAGGCCACCGUUUGAUCGUAAACAGAAAGAAACGACUGGAAAUCAUUUAAGAAAGUCCUUUCAUCACGUUGAACAAUCUUUCCGAACGAUCAUGAGUCAUCUAGAUGCAAUAAAAUCUGAUUAUGACAUAAACAAUUCAAUCAUUCCAGAAAAGGACGAAGGGGGUCCAGAAGUGAAAGGAGGAAGGGAGGAGAGGAGGGGGAAAAUACCACUUAAACCUAAGCCGAAUAUAGCUCCGAAAAUUAUUGAAACUUUUCGAAACGCCACCCCUAAGAGGAUAAUAAACUAUUCAAAAAGAUUUGAAGGUAAGAAAUUAGGAUCUACAAAGAAUUUGCCAAAAGCAACCGAAGAUAUACCUAUCCAAACAUUGUACAGAAACAAAAACCUGGAGUUUGGUAAGGUGAUUCCUAAUCACAAAAUCAUGAAAGAUCUUCUUCAAAACUUCGAAAAUACAGAAUAUUUUUAUGUAAGUAAUAGAGUUGAUAAGUGUACAAGUACAACUGGUAUCACCUGGCCUAUAGUUGAAGAAAAAAUGUGCGGUUCAAAAGAAAAGGUAUAUAAGAAGAGAAAUCUUUCGAAGAAACCAUCUAGGAUUCCAACACGACGGUGCUUGCAUCAAGUAAAUCGAUCAUUUGCGCAAGCUUCACAUGUCUCAACAGAAACCAAACUAAAGAGAACGAUGAAAGCUCAAACCUUCGUCAAAUCUAAACCAAUUUUAUGUGAAAAAUCUGACGGAGGAACGUUUGUUAUUGAGGAAACUAAAAUAAAAAACGACAGAAACGUUGUCAGAAACCAAACUGAUAAAUUUAAUAAAAUGGGUAAUAGAAAGGGGCAUAGGCAUUCAAUACAUCGGCAAUCGGAGCCUAAAACUAGGAAUAUAAGUAAACGCUAUAUAGCUAUGAUGAACUCGGUGAAGAACAGUUAUCCAAAGAUUGAGGCAAAGACUGAUGUUACCAAUUCAGAUCACUUCGACUGGUCCAGAACAGAAACAGGCUGGUCGAUUUCAGACGUACCUGUAAAUAGGCCAGAAGACAUCAAAUUCCCUAAAGAAACAAAAGAAGCCGUCGAGAUAAUGAUACAGAAUUCCAGGAAAUUCAUAAGGACCCCUUUAGCGAAAUAUUUGAAAAACGAAGAUCAGCUGACUAUACAACCAGCAAUAUCGAUAAAAAGGGAGGGAAAGAAGAUCGGUCCGUUUACGGUGUCUACUCCAUUGGAGCGUGUUGCUAGUUCUAAGGAGAACUACGUAAUGGGAGACCAUUACGCAAAUAGAGUGUCUUCGACAAAAGGAAAUUCCCGAGUACAUUGUAAGAGAGGAUCAGCUCAAAAAGGGAGAGUUUUAAAAUAAUAUUUCUAAUGUACGCACAAAAUAAAUUGUCAGUCCUU